AUGCCAAAUUGGAAGGAAUUGGGCGAGGUUCCGGACUCGGACGACGAUUACGAUGAGCUGCCGCUUGACAUCGACGAAAUCGAUUGCUUGCCGAUAAUCGACCUCCCGGUAGAGCAGAAGGAUGGAGAUGUACCUAACAGACAGGAUGCUACAGUAGGACAGACUGGAGGAGGGGACGGACGAGAAGAGGAGUCACAGAAACAGGAACAAAAGGUAGAUGAGGGGACUAGAGAUUCGAGGUGGCCGGAGAAAGCUCGUACCAAGCAGGGCCGCCCUCAGCGCGACCCAUACGAAAUUCCCAGCUCUCCCGACGAGCCCCUAGCCACCAGAAAGGCAACCAAGAUCUUCAUUCCUCUUCCUGCUGCGUCCCAGAGGGACGACGGUCUUGGUAGUGUCGGACUAGGCUCCGAUGACCUGGCUUAUAAGUCCCAACUUGUGCCCAGCGAGCGUCCAGCUUCGUCUGUCCCGGCGAACACCUCUUCGCCUCCGAAGUUGAGCACGCAGUCCUUGCCUCUGCCUACUCAGCGGCACGAUGGCCCUAACUGCCCUGCUGGUAACGAUGCUGCAGACAAGACCUCGAGCCCGGCUCGGCAAUGUUCGGACGCCGCCCCCUCAGACUUCCUGCAGGACGGGAUAUUCACGAGCUAUGUCCGUGUGACGACUCCGACCCGGCCGCCCCGUUCGGCUAGCUCCUCGCCGCUGAGCCUCCUCGCAAAGACCCCAUCACCUCCUUGUGCAUCUCCUUCCCGUCAACAGCGCCGUCCCAGCCCGCCUGCAGAACGACCCAUACUACAGCCCAGCGAAGACGAUGUCAUCAGGAAGACGAUAGUUCGAGCAGAGCGCUCCCUUCGCCCUCGCAAGCCCAUCCAAGAGCACCCUUACCUGAUCGAGAAGGAGCGCUACAGAAAGGUCAUGAAAUCUCACGGCCUGAAACCGAUCGAGGUCCUUCCCGAAUCACCCAAAUCCCGGAAAAAGACACGCGAAGAGGAUUCACAAGAGGAAGAGUUCCGGGCAGACGAGAGCCAGGAGUCUCCGGACAACGGGCUGCCAGCUGACGAGACCGCGCCGAUCCUGUUCGGGAACAACAUCCUGGAGGAAGACGAGCUGACUAUGUCAUCGCCUGUGGAUCGACAGCUGAAGACUAGUAGUCGACAGGCUAGCGCUGACCACACGGACGAUACUAGUUUGUCGGAUGAGGAUUUGCCGCCUUUGGGGAAGAUCAAGCCGCAGAAGCAGACGCAGCGGAGGUUGAAGAGGUACUCUUCCGGGCAGCUGAUGUCUAGCACGAGGAAGAGGGCGAGGCUGGUGGUCGAUUCGUCGUCGCCGCCGCCCCCUCCUGGACGGACUAAGACUGCUGGAGCUGCGUCUCGGGAUCUGUGGGACCUGCCAUCGUCCCCGCCGCCGGUGUGGUCGAGGCCACAGAACCCGUUGCAGCAUAUUGCUGACCUGCUCUCAUCUUCUCCUUCCCGGAAUCAAACGGGUGUUGAACCUCAGGCUGGGCAGCUCUCGGAUGAGGACACCCCCCGGCACUCGCGUAGGGGUACACAAGGCGCUCCCAUCGUCAUUCACGAUCACGACCCCCAAGAAGACCUCACAGGCAGCGACUCAGACUCCAGCCACAGCUCUGACAGUGACUCGGACGUGGUCCGUCGUGAAAGCCGUCGCCUUCGCGGUCUCCUACCCGCGUCCUGGCUGCGGCUUGACAGGCGGCAGAACCAGCAGCAAGAAAAAGAGAAACAAACCACCUCCCGACACGUGAGGAGACGCAGUUCGGAGCUACCCACAAAAAGGAAGGGCGUCGCGUUGCCAAGGCAGGCUUCACCGAAGCCGCCGUCUAGCACAGCUCCGUUCCCCAUCUUUGCGGACGACGAUCUCGAUGAUGCGUCGGACACCCCGCCGGCUACGUCAGGAUCUGGGCUGGGAACAAUCCAGCGUCCCCUGAGCACUGCGCCAGAGACAAUCGUCAUUGACGACGAGGAUCCCGGAUCUGAUGUCAUGGAGGAGGAUAUCAUUGACUGGAUGCCGCCGAGCGCGAAUAGGAAGAGGUCUGGAUCUCGGACGUUGUCUCACUUGGCGAAGAGAAGGAAGGGCGAUGGUCUACGCCAGCCCAAGAUUACGCAGGUACUGGGUCGGUCUACAAAGCAGGCUUCCUCCACUCGUCCAAAGGGCGAUUCAACCCAUCACCGAGUCCCUCGAAAAAAGAGGGAGAACACCCCGCCAAUGCUAAGCAUCCUCGACGUAGUCGAACCCAACGCCCCGCAUUUCAUCCGCAUCGCCGCCCGCACAGCAAGGAAGAAGGCCAACCUUGGCAAGAGCAGUCCUUCCAAGAAAAUCAUCUGCCUGGCUACCCGCAGCGACAAUAUUGUUGCGCUCUCUGUCUUACGGGACUGGAAGUCGGGCAAGACGAAGCCUAGGGUGUCGGUACCCAGUCAGCCGCGCAAGCCGAAGGAUAGGCCUGCCCUGCACGAGGUCUCGACGAACACGGCGCCACGGUCAAGGCUGUUUCCGACGAGGAAACAGGCCGACCAGGCGACGUUGGAUGGAUUCGUGACUGUCCGGCCUGAGGAGGGUGGAGAGGCGGUUGAGGCGCCGCGUGAAACGGCAAGGAGGCUGUUUAUUCGCAAGAAGGUACCGAAUCCGGGGCCGAUCUUCUUGCCCGCGCAGUUGGAGGAGGAAGAGACGGAGGAUAAGAGGCUUUCCAGGGCCCGCAAGAGGACGCUGGAUGCGUUCUAUAAGAGGAGUCGCAGGGUGUUGGGGUCGGCGGCAGAGGUUCUUAGCAGGCCGUUGGAUACGAACUUUACGUUGAGGGAGGAGUCCCUGCGGGUGGGGGUACCUCGACCGCAAGAUGAUGCCGUCGAUAUCGUGGAUGAGGAAGAUGACCCCAUCCCGGCCCCAGCACCCAGACAGAGACAAGCCAAAUCCCGCUUCAGGAAACGGACUCACCCUCAUCAGAUCAACACCGACGCGCCGCAGUACACAAGGGCGAACGACCCCUUGCCUGUCGAACCCCCUCCUCCGGUCGUACUCACGGCAGAAGUCCGGAACGAACCCCGCUCUGAAGAUAAACUAAGAGGCCUCGGCCCCUACGGCACGCACUACACCCACCACUUCGACAUCUUCCCCUUUGACAACGACAAGGGCAUCUUCUUCCACGAGAGCACGUUCAUCGGACAAGGAUACAUUCGCGAUGCGGCGGACCCGGUCCUCUGCGAAAAGGUUCGCAGGCCCAGAGCUUCGGUAGCGUUUACGCUUGAUGGAGAGGUGCUCAAAUGGGGGGCGUGGGAUGAUCGGGUGUCGUCCGAGCUGGGGAUUUUGGUGGAUUGGGUUGGGGAGCAGAUGGGGAGUCCUGAGGAGCUGGGGAGGGGAGUGGUUGAGGCGGCGGGGUUUGUGGUUAGGUAUUUGACCAGGUCGUUGAGUAUCUCCUCCGAUGCUGAUGGUAAAGGGGUUUUGGGGAGAUGCUUAGAGGUGUUUGGGAGUUUUGUGGGAAGAUUUGAGGGAGUUGAGUGGGGGGCGCUGGCGGAGGGGAACAAGAGGGUGUUGUUGGACGUUGGGGUGAGAUACUUGGUUGCUAUCCUGGCGGCUAGGACGCUGAGCACGGCGGACUGGAUUAACGACUUCUCGCUGGCGAUGGGGUUUGAGGAGAUGCUUAAGAAGUUGGCGAGGAUUGUCAUCGAACGUCUUCUGGAACGCGGGACAGACGAGCUACGCACCUUGUACGACGACCUACAAGGCAUCUCCGUCCGCGAAGGGGGCAUCCGUUCCAACCGUCUCCUAGCCAACUGGUGGGUCGUCCUCAUCCGCGUCCUCGAGUCCGCCGCCAUCCCUCGCUCUUCCUUCUGGGAUCUCACCCAAUCCGUCAUGCUCCGCGACCACGACAUCUCCCACUCAACCGACGCCCAACUCUUCGAGCGCCUCUGGCUCGACAUGUUCACCCUCUUGCCCCUCACCGAAAUCGACAACACCGGCCUGCACAUCCCCGACCAGCGCAAGUCCCUCCCCCUCGAGGGCUGGACUCUACCUCAGCAACUCCUCAAGCGUGUCUUGGAGCUCUCUAAGGCCAACCCUCGCCAGCCGCCGGGGUUUAAUGAUUAUUGUCGUGCGCUGGUCGCCCGCUGUCAUGUGCUUGUGCAGGAAUGGGGCUGGCGCAGGUGUACUGGUGUCAUUGGCACGAUUUUUGAUUUCUUUGGGGCGCAGAAUUUGGCGCAUUUGAGGAAUGAGGAGACGAAUGCGUCGCCGAGGUUUUUGGAGAUGUUAGAGAGGAAUCCUGUUGCUGCGGUCAGGAGGAUUGACCCAGCUGAGGACAGGUGCGCCUUCCAUAUCUUUAUCAAGCUGCUUGCGCUGGCGAUUGUCCGGUUGAGAGAGCUGGGGGGCAGGGAAAGGGAUAUCAGGAAUUUGGUGGCGCGGACGUUGCCGAAUCAUGAUCGACAACUACUGAAGGAGGAUACGGUGCAUCGGACAGAUCUGGCCGCGCUGAGAAAUCAUCAUGACUUGUUGUGUGCGCUUUUCUGGGCUGCGCCGCCCGAUUCGAGGCCGGGGAUUCAUCAUAUCGAGAAGCUCGUGGUCCCAGGCAGCGCGCACAAAGAGGCGUGUCUGAUUAACGUUAGGGCGUGGAAUCAGCUUGCCAGGUUUGUUAUCUGCCACGAGACGGGUCCUACCGCUCCCAGGACCGGUGUGGUGGCGCAGCUGGCGGCGUGGAGGAGCAACAUAUUUAAUCAGAUCCUGGACCAGUACUUGUCGGCGGCGUCGGACAUCGAGCAGCAGUUUCGGAUGCUGUCGGCAGAUGUGUUGUUGCGAGUGAGUGAGGAGGUCAAGGAGGAGACGAUUGCGAAGAAUAAGGCGAGUGCGAUGGAGAUUUUGCAUGCGAUCUUGAGGGCGUCGGUGGAUGUGUUGAGGUUGGCUCCGGGGAUGGAGGAAGCGCUGGCGGAGUUUAAUGCUAGUCAUGUCCUCUUGCAGAAGGUGUUCACCACGCUGGACUACGAGCAUCCUCGGUUCGACUGGAAGAUCGUGCGGGAGGCGCUGGACAUGCUGGAGCAUUUUAUUGGGAGGAUCGAUCAGGCGGUUGAGCAGCAGUACUCGAGUAACUUCUCGCAAAAUCCGGAUGCUGAUCGGCAUGUUGAGGAGGCUGUGCUGCUGCUUGACUCGAGGCUGGCUAAGGAGUUCUUCUGGAUGGCGAGGACGAUCCUGAAACUUACGAUCGAGAAGCUGCCCAGGGAGGGCAGCAUGCAGGCUCAGUGUGCCGAGAAGACGGUUACUCUCGCUGGCAGGAUUGCGGCUAGGUUGAUUCAUCAUUCGGUGACGAAAAUGUCUCCCUACUUCUCCCCCGGCACCUACGGCCUCUUCUCCGCCCCUCCCAAAGCCCUCACCACCGCCGAACGAACCUACCUUCCCCUCUUCCUCGCCGUCCUCGUCAAAAAUGACGUCUUCGACUUCCGCGACCUCGGCAUGAACAUCCUCUCCCUCUGGCUCCUCACCAUCACCAAACCAGCCCGCCUGCUCCGCUACGAGAACUACCUUGCCGAAGCCCUCCAACACCACCACCUCCCCUUCCUCGCGGGCGUCACUGUCCCGGUUACCCUGGCGCCGGAUUACAGCACUAACAUAGACUACCUCUCCUCUGCGCUGCACCACAUGCGCAAAGCUCUGCGUGACGCGCCCAACCCGGGGCAGGCGAAAGUCCUUCGCGAGGAAUUCUCCCGCCAUCUUGGCCUGGUGAUGCAGAAGAUGAGGGAAGACCUCUCCCUUUUACGCUCUCUCUCUUCGAUCGAGCACGUGGCAUACAUAUCCUUCAUCCGCUCCGCCAUUUCCCUCCUCAAGUCCCUCGGCGUAGGCAUCUGCGUCAUCGACCCCUUCUUUACCCAACCCAGUGCCGACUACGCCCCGCCAAUGCAUGAUCCGACGUUGCACGCCGCUGGGAUUGUCGCGUAUGGAGUGAGACUGGCGGAGAGGGAUGUUACGGCGGCACCGCAGCUCUUCCAUUACUUGUUUAGUUCCUUUCGGCUUGCGUUGGGGAACGGGUUAGGGAUGUUGAGGAGGGAGGAGGGGAUUAUUGCGAGGGCAGUAGGGGAGGAUCGGUGGGUUAGGGGUUUUAUCUUGGGGACAUGGGUGCCUGCGAUACUGGGGGCGCUUGAGGUGAGGGGUGGGGGGCUGGGCGGUUGGGUGGUGUUAGAGGUUUGUGUCGGGGCGUUAGGGGAGGCGUUUGGGGAGGGAGAGGAGAUUAUUGGGGAUGAAGAGGAGGCUAAGACGGUCAAUGGGUUGUUGGAGGGGAUCAUGGGGUGGUUUGUCAACGUGAGGAGGGCUUUCUCUUUGGAAUCCCCCCCUCCUCUGGGGAGCGACCCGGAGCUGACGAUCCUCAUGCUGCUGCACGUCAUGGCCCUGCUAGGCGAGCUCACCAACCUCCUGCAACCGAGUCUACGCGCGUUCCUUGUCAACGAGGCCGAAGUGGCUGCUUCCCUUGGUCUGAACGACAUCGUCCGCUCCUUAGCACGGCUCUUCUCCUUCAUGAAGACGCAGCUCGACAACCUCCUCUCUCAAUUCCCAGCCUCCCGCGUACCUGUCCAGCUUGGCCCGCCUGACUUGGCAGCUGCCGCUCUGGUGGAGUAUUUGGUGCCAGAGGACAUCACAAUCCCUGGCAACGGUAACACGGCGAAAGUUUCGAAGAUACAGAACUUUUCCAAGACGAUUGUCUCGGAGGUGAAGAAGAACUGGGUUGUCACAAAUGGGGCGGUUAUGGUGAGGAUGCCGGCCACAGCAACAGCUGGCGGAGCCGUGCCACCAUCAGCACAAGCAGCCGUAGGGUUGCCAUCGUCGCCUUCGCUGCAGGGAAUGAGAUAUGAGCCGUGGAAGUUGCAAGAAUUGUUGGAGAGGAUGAGGGAGGUGACGAGCAGGUGGAAGUUGGGUGUUGAGGUUGAAUGGAGGAGGGGAAGGAAGAAAAUUGUUUGUGCUGGGGGACUCGAGGGGGAGAUGAGUGCAUACUUUUAG